CAAUCGUGAUAAAUUACUCACUUACCCGCUUUCGGAGAUCAUACAUUGGCACUUACGUUAUCCAUAUAUCAACCAAAGUCGCUAAAAUGGCUGAGGAAGAUCAAAUUAAGUAUUUUACCAUCGAGGAAGUGAAAAUUUAUAAUGGAAAAGACGAUAGUCGUGUGUGGUUCAUCUACAAGGACAUUGUGUAUGAUGUGACUGAUUACUUGGAUGAUCACCCAGGUGGAGGCGAUCUGAUUACCGAAUAUGCUGGCAAGGAUGCCACCAAAGCAUUUGAUGAUUUUGGACAUUCCUCUGAUGCCAAGAAGCAGUUGAAGAAGUACAAAAUUGGAGAGAUUGUUGAAGAGCAACGAAAAGGCAAAAAGAAAGCGGAAGUCAAAACUGUGCCCCCAGAAAAACCGGAAACACGAAGUUGCAUCUCAAUCAUCACCUGUGGACUGUGUGCAUAACAGCAGGCAAACGAAAAGAUCAAAGAAACAUUCCUUAGUUAAGAUUCUAACUGUGAUUUUUAUUAAUUUAUGCGGGCAAAAAUAGAACAAUUUCCAAUUCGAAAGUGACAUUAGUUUUGAGGGCUUUUACUAACGUUUUCAGUGACAAAGCGAUAAUUACUCAAAUAACGUCACUGUAGCUAAUUCGAGAGAUCGAGGGUUUAUAGCGAUAUCGAACACGUAGGAUCGUGGAGCGAUUAUGAAACCAAAUGAAUUGGCGAGACAAUUAGAUUUGCAAUAAAUUAGAUAAUUUCCUCGAUAAUCAUGUACAUUGAUAACCAUAAGUACUAUUGUAAAUGUGUGGGUGCUAUUUAAUCGCUGAUAAUAAAGGGUUUGUUAAUCACUAAUCAAGUCGAUGUACAUUUACCAGAUCAAAUUUAGAAACAACACAAUACUGUCUGGUUGUCCAGUCAGUUAAAUAUUUCUAAACCUAAACUAGUUGUUACCACAUUAACCUUAACAUUAUAUUAAUCAACUUUCCAAUAGAUUAUAAUUUUUU